AUAUUGCUUAUCCGUCACAAAAAUGGCUGCGCUCAGGGUGUUUAGCCGUAAUAUACCGUAUUUACGACAACAAUUUUCAGCAUUAUUGGGGAACACAUCGCCGUCAGUUAAAUUUAUUUGUAUUGUUGUUAUUAUAGGAUAUGUGUUAUCGUAUUCAGAGUCUGUUGUUAAUGUUCUUAGUGUUACACCAGGGUUUUUGUUGCCACCUUCUUUUCAAUUGUGGUCUACUUUCACGUUCUGGUUUCUGGAGAUACAUUUGUGGGAAGUGAUAAUCGAUAUCGUGACGGUCGGAUUGUGCGGAAAACUAAUCGAACCAUUAUGGGGGCAAAUGGAAAUGAUGAAAUUCUUUUUCCUUACAAACAUUGGUGUUGCAUUUCUAACAACAUUUUAUUACUUGGUGAUAUAUGCAUGGACUCAAGAUACAUCCUUGUUGUUCGAAAUCCAUGUACACGGACUCGCAGGAUACCUCGCGGCCGUUAGUGUGGCUGUGAAGCAAAUUAUGCCUGAUCACUUGUUGAUAAAAACACCUUUAGGAAAAUUGACAAAUCGCUCUUUGCCACUACUGAUAUUGAUUGCUGCAAUAAUACUGUGGGCGGUGGGAGCACUGGAAGGUACCUACCCUUGCAUGUGGGGCAGUGGCACCAUCCUCUCCUGGGUCUACCUCAGGUUCUGGCAGCGACACAGCAGUGGCACUAGAGGGGAUAUGGCUGAUAACUUCAGCUUUGAUAAUUUCUUCCCGACUGUGGUGCAGCCUGUGGUGCGAGCUGUGUUGGGUCCGCCAGCGCGUUGCCUAGCACGGCUAGGCUUGUGUCCAUCGCCGCCGCGGCGCGUCACACUGGCGCUCAGCCCUCGAGGUGUCACCAUCUCCAUGCCAGGCGUUGAACCACAUGAUAUGGAGAGACGAAGACAAAUCGCGCUGAAAGCAUUGAGUGAGAGAUUAUCAAAGACGUCAGAACAAACGCGCCAAAAGAACUUAUCUACCAAAGUGAACAUGGAUGCAGUAAGGAAGAUGCAAGCGUCACAUGUGAUACCCCAGUUUCCAACGGAGACAACAGAGCAGAAGCCACCCUCCGUGCCAGAGACAACACUGGUCGACAUCAGCGCAGAACCAUCGACACCCACGACAAAGACCUCAUGAUCUACGUGACAUUUCCUAUAUUAAGUUAUUCACAGUACCAAUGUGGAAAUCAACAAAAAUGUAAGUCAAUAAAAUUAUUUAUUGUAAAUGUGUAUUAAUAAAUUAUUAGUAGAAUUUACUGCUGUAAUCUGGCAAUACCUAAUUGAUGUGUUUUGUUAUAUGAAAAUAUUUAUUUCAGUCAGUUGACAAAAACAUAAUAUUAUAAUUUUAUUGAUGUUAUUUAAAAUCUUAUGUAGGGGAUAGACAGAUCACAUUUUAAUGACCUUAGUAUUCAUGGGCUUUAAAUGUUAUCAGAGUAUUAAUGACAGAUUAUUGUUGAUUAAAAAAAUUUAAUUGAAUAGUGGUUAUUUUCGGUGACUGUGAAGGGUACAUAAUUAAACAUGUUAAAAAAAGUGGUGGAUUAAUGGAUUUUCUUAAUAAAAAAUAUGCAAUGUUAUUUUAUGCAUAAUGUAAUAAAGCAUUUAUUUACUAAUGUUUAUAAGUAGCAAUUAUCUUUUAGAUAGAAUUCACUUAACAAAUCCGUAAUUUUUAAUUAUUUCUUCACGCCACGCUUUAUUUCGUUAAUAUGAAGGAUACCAUAAAAAUAUUGUCAUGUUUCUAUGUUCAGAGCCAAGCGAAAGAAUGUUUUUUUUAAUCAGUUAUUAUAAACAUAAUUCAAUGUUCUGGAUGGGACUGAUAGAUUAAAAUUGUAAAUAUGUUAACCAUGAGCAUCACAAGAAUUUUUUUUUCAAAGAAAUUUAUAAGUAUUUAUCAAAAAUGUUAGAGGUUGAUACAUUUUCAUGAUUUAAGCAUCUUUAAUCGUUGUACACAUUUGAUAUUGAUUCUAUAUAUUAGAUGGUCCUUCGAGUCGGAUGAACUAUGUAAUUAUCAUAUCUUACUGUGAACUGCUGAAAUGUGUGUUAAAACACAUGGUUUUCUGAAAAAAAAAACUAACAGAAUAACAAUAUGUAUAUCAGUAAUUCUUAAAUUAACUACUUAACAAGCUACCUUUAGAAUUAACGUCAAGCUUAAUCAUUAAUUCAUUCCUGACAAUUUUUUUUUAGUUUAGUGUAUAGUUAAGACACUAUGGUUAUGGUAAAAUAUUUAAUUGUUUAUGUAUUCAUAGAAUUGUGUUGUAGGAGUUUUUAUUAAAAAAAAUUGAAGAGUGUGUUGGUUAUAUUUCACUAAAUUAAAGAGGUUUGAUUAUUGUCUAUGAUGCUUAAAUAAUGAAAAUGUGUAUGGCAUGCAUUGUGCUGUUUGCAUUUAUGACGAAUUUAUCUUAGUUUCCACAGUGGCGCUGUGAAUUUUAAUACAAUAGUAUUUGUUUUGUCUUUUAUUAUAAAAGUCCUUUAGAUUAUUUACAUGGUUUGAAUUAAUUGUAUGCAUUUUGUUAAAUGUUCAGCCAAAUUGUGGCGGCGUGUGAAUGGAUUUGUGAUGUUGUAAAUAUAAAUAAAUAUUGUUUAGUGUUAAAAUAAAUAAUUCCCAAAUAUUUA